AUGGUCGACAAUUCAGCGAUAAGAUCAAUCUAAUUUUAAUUAAUCACAGAUAUUUUUUUGAUGAGAUUUACACCAUAAAAGUAAUAUCAACUGACCCAAAAAUACAUAAGAAUAAAAUAGAAUAAUAGUAACAUUUUCAAUAAGUAGUCAAUGAUUAACCUUUUCAUAAAUAAAAAUAACAGAGAAUACAGAACACAGAUUAAAAUUCAUUAAAAACAAUAAUCAUCUAACUUAUUAAUUGAUCAAGACAAUUAUGUCAAUAAUUUAACAUAUGAAGUACUUUCAUAACUAAUAUAUGCAGCAGACGAAAGACUGAACUACUUCUUAUCAAACUAACAAGAAUCUUAAUAAUAACCUUCUAAAUAAGAAGAGUAAAAAGGUGAAAUAAAUGAAGUUUAAACUCUGGCCCAUAUAAAAACCUAGAAUUCUACCGUUCACAUAUAUACUCUUGACAUUAAGGAAAAACCCCUGAUAAGAACAUUUGCUCCAAGUCUGGAAUUUAUAGGGGAGUAAAUAAUAGCAUUAGUAAUAAAGCCCCCCCCAUAAUAAACACACAAAGAAUAAUAAUAACUUCAAACUAAGUAAAUCCAUUUUAGUUAAAACAAAAACAAUAUCAACUCAUAACAUUAUUAAAUAACAGUAGUAGUUUGGAAUAUUUCCUCUUUUAACCAACCACUUUACAAAUAAUAAAAGAAAAUGAUCCCGCCAUUAUUUGUCUUCAAGAAACUCGAUAGAUCAUAAACACAUCUCCUAGAUACAAUUUCAUUAAUAAAUUACAUAGCGAACAUUUUUAAGGCGGAGGAAUAAGUAUAGGUAUUCAUAAAUAAUUCAUAUGCAGAGACAUUUCUCAUUUAUUCAAAUUAGAUGAAAUUGAAUAUUUGUUAGUUUAAAGCACAAAAAUAAUGUAGAACUAUAUUUUGAAUAUCCACUCUGCCAAUUCUAAUUCUUUCAGAAACUAAUAAGAAAAAUUGCAAAUCUUCAUUGUUCAGCUUAAAACCAAGAAACCAAAUGCUCUUAAAAUGAUUGUUAGAGAUAUUAAUAAUAGUGCAGUUAAGCUCACAGGUAUGAUAGAUUUAAUCCCAAAGUAUUAAAUUACCUACUAAAGAUAUGCCAAGUACAAACUUCUAUAUUCAAAAACAGACAUUUUUCAAAACAAUUAAGAGCUUUCAUCUUCAAUUAGCUUUGCAAAAUAAUCUAUCUGA